UAGAAUCACACCGGGGCGUUAUGCACCAUUUGCAAUCCGCCAAAGAAGAAGCGUUAUCUCCAGUGCAGUUCGCUUCGAUGAUUUUUUGCCCAGAUUCUCUCAGAUACUAAUUACGAUUGUUCAAUGACUAAAGUGGGAACAAGAACACGGUUGUGUUUUUCCUCGUCGGAGUCGGAUGGAAUAGUUUGAAGGACUUCAAAAAGCCUCGGAAAUCGGUCACGUGUUUCUGAACGUACGUAAGGUGAAACAAAAAGAAGGAAAAUGUUGUUGUCAGAAGUGGGAUUCGAACCCACGCCUCCAGAGGAGACUGCGACCUGAACGCAGCGCCUUAGACCGCUCGGCCAUCCUGACUAUACUUUGAAGCAAAGAAGUUGAUAUCAUCCCACAGUUUCAAAUGGAGCACACUUCUACUAGAAUCACCCUACUCCUGGGACAGCUUUCACUUGAGCAAACUGACUAUAAAGACAUUCUGGAAGAAUUAUUUAUGAUAACACGGAAAACAAAAGGCACCACAGACUGGGAUCCCAAAUUGAAUGCGGCGGUUUGCAAGGCGAUUGCUCCUUUUGUGUCUCAAGACUACUCUGAUGACAUUCGAGCCGUCAUUUAUGACAUAUAUAAACAUGUACUUUCAGGUGGACAUGUUGACACCACAAUGUCAUCAAUAAGACACAAAGGGCCACACAUCAGCAAAAGGUGGAAAGAACAAUUAGAGAAGCUUGGGAGUACUGAUGAAAGUGAAGUAACCAGAAUUGGGAGCAUGAAGUACGUGAAUAAAGAUGAAUUCCGCAUAGCAGUGGGAAAUAAUGGUACUGAAGUGUUUUUGGGGCUGAGAGAUGAUGGCACUGAAAUUGCUAUUAAGAAAGUGACAAGAUGCAACUAUGAAGUGCUGAAGAAUGAGGAAGGAUUUCUACGACUUCCAGGGCUUAAGCAUCCAUCCAUUGUGAGAUACAUUGACCAAUCGGAGGAUGACAACUUUGGAUAUCUUGGUCUUGAACUGUGUGAAUACACCUUGGAAGAAUACAUAAAAACUCUUGAUGAUAUUCACUUGAGGAAGCAACUUGUCUUUGAAGUUCUCGACAGUUUAAGGGUGCUUCACUGUCGAGAUCCUCCCAUUCUCCACCGAGACCUCAAACCACAGAAUGUUCUGAUCGAUAUUAAAGGGAGGGCGCAAUUGGCUGAUUUUGGCAUCAGUCGACGGUUACCCAAAGGACAAACAACUUACUGCACAGGGAAAGCAGGAACAAAAGGUUGGAUGGCCAAGGAAACGUUAUCAGAAGACGACGAAACCAAGAUACCGUACAAGUCAAGCUCUGACAUACAGGUGGCAGGGAUGCUGAUGUAUUAUAUCCUCUCUGGAGGACGACAUCCUUUUGGAGAAAAAUCCUAUGAACGUGAGAACAACAUUGUAACAGGGAACUACACUUUGGACCAUGUUCAAGACGUGUUGGCAAAAGACCUCAUUGAGUGGAUGAUCGAUGCAGAACCAAAGAACAGACCUAAAGUGGAAGAAUGCUUGAAUCAUCCCUUCUUCUGGAAACAUUACAG